GCCCUUUGUUUCUCUACACACAUAUCACAUCCGCUCUCUCUCUCUCUCUCCAGACAAUAUAGUUCCCAAAAGAACUAAAAAAAAAAACCCUAGAAGCCGAAGAAUUUACUACUCGUUGUCGGCUCACCGAACUUAUUACUCGUUGAGAAUCAUUAUAUCAAAAAAUAUGAUUAAUUUCGAGGCGACGGAGCUGAGGUUAGGGCUGCCGGGUGGUAAUCACGGAGGAGAAAUGGUCGGAAAAUAUAAUGGCAAAAGAGGAUUUUCUGAGACCGUUGAUCUCAAACUGAAUCUUUCAUCAACGGCUAUGGAUUCAGUUUCCAAAGUCGAUUUAGAGAAUAUGAAGGAGAAGGUCGUAAAACCACCAGCCAAAUCUUUACGGAAUUUCAGGGCACAAGUUGUGGGAUGGCCACCGGUACGAUCUUUCCGCAAGAACGUCAUGUCCGGCCAAAAACCGACCACCGGAGAUGCCACCGUAGGAAACGAUAAGACUUCUGGCAGCAGUGGAGCCACCUCAUCCGCAUCCGUAUGUGCCGCCGUCGCUUACGUGAAGGUUAGCAUGGAUGGCGCACCGUACCUACGGAAAAUUGACUUGAAACUCUACAAAACUUACCAAGAUCUAUCCGAUGCCUUAAGCAAAAUGUUUAGCUCUUUUACCAUAGGCACCUAUGGACCACAAGGAAUGAAAGAUUUCAUGAAUGAGAGUAUAUUGAUCGAUCUUCUAAACGGAUCAGAUUAUGUUCCAACAUAUGAAGAUAAAGAUGGCGACUGGAUGCUUGUAGGAGACGUACCGUGGGAGAUGUUUGUUGAUUCAUGCAAACGUAUACGAAUAAUGAAGGGAUCAGAAGCAAUCGGACUUGCUCCAAGGGCAUUAGAAAAGUGCAAGAACAGAAGUUGAGUUCUCGACGACAUUUCUUGUUUUUACCUAAAAAAGGAAGAAAGACUGUUUCGAUCGGUUGGAUAUCUCGAACCGAGAAAAGCCAAACCGGCUCGAAACUACUGUUCCGAGCAAGGAGUUUGCUUAUAAUAUUAAUUAAUAAUAAUAUUAAUAUUGUGAUGUAUUACAUUUAAAAAUUUUAAACCGUUUUUGUUAUAUGUAUUAUGUAUAUUUAAUUAGGUUGCAUCUAUUAAAACAACUUUUAUUUUUUACGCAUUAUCGUGUUGUCUAUAUGGUCAGUGUCCGUAAGGCACAUCAUUAGUGUGUUACUUUGACGUAUCAAAUUAUUACUUAUUAAAUUAUUUCAUUUCCAA